CCAAAAUGCCCUAGAGCUUUCUUUUUUACCCCAAAUUUUCCCAUUCCCCCCCGCGGGCCUCUACAGAUCAGCCCCUGGGCAAGGCCAGCUCAGUCGUAGGCAGGCCGGCUCAGAAGGAAGCCCCAUUUAGUUGAGUGGGAUUUCCUCGUCCGGGGGUGUGUGUGCCUAGCCUGCGUGGCCCUCCCGAUGAUCCCAGCUCCCACCAUUGGCCAUGCUGGGGCUGGCAGUGCCCGCCUCUGGAGGGCCGCCGGUGAGCCCCGGCACCUGCCCUAGUGCUUGGGGUGGUUGGGGCUGCAGCAGCCACUGCGUAGGAUGGCGCCCACUGGCCUGUGAGCGAUGCUCCCAAAGCAUGUCAGGUGGCUCUUGUCAGCGAGCCAAGCUCGCAGGCCCAGGGCCACUAGGCGGUGUUGCGGGGGGAGGCUCUCGCAAGCCCUGAGCCCCAGCCAGCCAACCCACCCACCUAGCUCUGCCCAGGCAGCAUCUAGGUGACUGGCGUGGGCUGGAAAUUUUUCCUGUGCUUUGUUGUUCUGUCAAAAGCUUUCACAAGUUCGCUAGUAAUGAUGAAUGGAUGCCAGGUGCAAGUAAAUAUUAGGCACGCCUAGGAGUUUCAGUGUUCUAAGCCUUGUUCAUUACCUAAAUAUGCUGAUGACAGUGCAUAAUUUGUACAUCUUCGACCGCAAUGGAGUCUGCCUGCACUACAGUGAGUGGAACCGGAAGAAGCAAGCUGGCAUCUCCAAAGAAGAGGAGUACAAGCUGAUGUAUGGCAUGCUCUUCUCCAUCCGCUCCUUCGUUAGCAAGAUGAGCCCUGUGGAUAUGAAAGAUGGCUUCCUCUCCUUCCAGACCAGCAAGUACAAGUUGCACUACUAUGAGACCCCCACAGGGCUCAAGGUGGUGAUGAAUACAGACUUAGGGGUGGGCAACAUCCGAGAUGUGCUGCACCAGAUCUACAGCUAUAUCUAUGUGGAGUAUGUGGUCAAAAAUCCUCUGUGCGGCUUGAACGAGACCAUCCAGAGCGAGCUCUUUCGGAGCAAGCUGGACAGCUUCGUCCGUGGCCUGCCUUUCUUCUCAGCUCGGGCAGGCUAAGUUUUUUUUCUUUCCCUUCUGCAUCCUAAGGACUACAUUUCCCAUGAUGCACACGGAGCAUUGUUUGGCAGUGAGCUUGGCAGCUUCUUUGCUGGGUGUGCCCUCAUAAGUACAACAGUCCCCUGUAAUGGACUUCCUGCCCAAACCAGGACUCUGAGCGUGGAUAGUUGGGGGCAAUAAUAGUCUCCAUGGUGCAAUCCUCUCUCUUUUCUUCACCCCUCCCCUGCUCUUGAGAGCCUUGACUCUGGAAGAGGUCCCGUGGCUGGACAUUUGUCUUUUGUACCAUUGUAUAUCCUCCUCUGUUCCUCCCUUUGGUGGGACCCCAACAGUCACACUGUUUUUUCUGACCAUUUCUGCCCUCUUACCCACAGUCCUUUGCCAGUCCAGACCUGCUCCUUUCUAUUUAUAACGUUUUGCCUAAACCCUUUCUCUUCAACCCCCCCCCCAUCUCCCGAAACUGCUCUAUUUAUAGUCAGUCUCUUCUCCUGCUUUUCCAGUUCAGUGCUCUCCCAGCCUGGGCAUAACAUCAAGUCCCCCAGAGGACUGCUUGGACGCAGUGGCACGUCCUUCCCAAAUGCAUCUUGCAAAAGGCAGGCUAGUGAUCCAGCUGCACAUUUCCACUCCCAGGAAGGGCUGAUGAGCACCUUUUUUCUUUGAUCCAGUUUUCAUGAAUUAAACAUUGGCAGGUUGCACCUUGAGUUCAGAAGUGGUUUGACUGACCUCAUGCAGCCUUGGUCCUUUCUAGGUGGCUUGAGGGUCAGUGUAGACUCUCUGAGCUUUGCCAGCUAGGUUUGAAAGCCAGCUGUUGCCAUCGCCCUGCACCAUUUAUGUUUGCAAUGGCUGCUGGCCCCCUCUGCUGCUGUUCAUUAGCAGCACCUCCACUGAAAUCUGUAUGGUAAGAUCAGAGUCUGACUUCAUUGGUCCCAACGAACAAGACGCCAAAAGCUAGUAAAGAGGCAGUGAUUCUUCUUGUUUAAAUUGGACCAGCUGGCAUGUUGAAAUGUUGGUUGCCAGUUCUUACGGCACUCACGGCUUCUUACUUCCUAGGGCGUAGAUGUUCAGAGAAGGCAAAAUAAAACAAAAGCAUUCAGCAGCUACACCUCUAGGCCGUAAAUUAAGUGCCUGGGUUAAUCGCUAUCUUGCUUUUUUUUGCUCUGAAAGGCCAUAUGCACAGCUGGCUGAGCUGUUUAUGUAUCCUUGUUGUUCCCACCGUUUUAAGUUCUGGGAAUUCUGUGAGAUUCAAGCUUGUUUUCUAAAAUACGAGUUGAUUAAAGCUACAAAUAUUGGGUCUCUUUCUCUCUGUCAUGAUAAAUUUUGCCUGGGUUGUAAUGUUGCAUACUUCAUUAUGUUGUAAUGUUGCAUACUAAUGGAUCUUUGUCUGUCAAAUGGAAUAUAACCUUAACCUGGAAACGCUUCCAAUUAAAUGUCCUGUGAGACAA